AAUUUUCUUAUUACCUAAUUAUUAUAUUGCAGCAUGUCUGAUUACAAAACUGAGAAUAAAAUAGACUUAAAUGAUUCACUCUCUAUGACAGAUGAGUCAACGAUAACAAAAGAUGAUUCUGUUAAAAAAAAGAAUGCCGAUACCAAAGUGCCAAAGACACCAACCAUCCCUCUGUAUAAAUUGUUUCGUUUUGCGUCCAAAACUGACAAGAUCCUGAUUUUUUUGGCUUCCAUUUUUUCUGCAGCAGCAGGUAUCCUCCAACCUUGCUCGAUUCUUAUUUACGGUGCUUAUAUUUCCAAAGUCUCUGCCGCCACAACAGGUGCUAUACUUACACUCGAGGAUGUGAUGCCAGUGAUCAAACUUAUGGUAGCCAUGGGAGUUGUCGCAAUGACAACUGGGUAUCUAUCAAACUGUCUGUGGGUCAUUACUGGCGAAAAUCAAACAAGAAGAAUUCGGUCCUUAUAUUUACAUUCUGCUUUAAAACAAGAUAUGAGCUGGUACGAUGCUGCCGAAGAUGGUUCAUUGAACACACGAUUGGCAUCUGACACGCAAGUCAUUCAAGAUGGUAUCUCUGAUAAGUUUGGCCAAUUUAUAUCUCUUUUUUGCCAAUUUUUUGGUGGUUUUAUUGUAGCAUUUAUAAAAGGCUGGCAAAUGGCUUUGGUAAUGCUUGCAUUGAUCCCUCCCUCCGCUGUAGUUAUGGUUUUUACCACUCGUUAUAUUAAGAUCUACUCUGCCCAGACCCAAGAUAUCUACGCUGAGGCUGGUACAAUUGCCGAGCAGGUUUUCCAAUCUAUUCGUACUGUGCAGUCAUUUACCCUUCAAAAGAAAUUUUCUUCUAUAUAUGGUCAAAAAGCAGAAGAAGCAAGUAAAGUUGGUGUUAAACGUGCUAUCGUUAACGGUACCGGAGUAGGACUUUUCUUUAUGGUAUUAUUCGGGAGUUUUGGUUUAGCGCUUUGGUAUGGUUCUUUACUUGCUGUACAAGGUAAAGCUACUGGUGCUGAUAUCUUCAUUGUAUUUAUGGCUAUGAUGAGUGGAAGUAUAGCGAUUAUGAGAAUUUCACCCGUUAUUGCUGCUGUAUUCAGUGCCGCCGGAUCCGCUUAUAAGAUUUUCGAGAUUAUUGACCGUGUUCCUGAAAUUGACACGGAUUCCAAAAAGGGCCUUGUACCUUCUUCUAUCACUGGUUCAAUCGAAUUCAAAAAUGUGACAUUCAAAUACCCAUCUCGCCCUGAUGUUCUUAUUAUCGAUGAUCUUAGUAUUAAUAUUGAGGCUGGCAAGACAAUUGCCUUUGUGGGUCCCUCUGGUUCUGGUAAAUCAACUACCAUUCAGCUUGUACAACGGUUUUAUGAUGUCUUAUCUGGCGAGGUUACACUGGAUGGACACAAUAUUAAGGAUCUGGAUGUAAAAUGGUUGCGUGAGCAAAUUGGCAUAGUAUCUCAAGAGCCUGUAUUAUUCAACAUGAGCAUUCGACAAAACAUUCUUAUGGGUACUCACACCGAAGCAACAGAUGCAGAAGUCAUUGCUGCUUGUAAAGAGGCUAACUGUCAUACAUUUAUUACACAACUACCCGAUGGUUAUGAUACGCUUGUUGGAGAACAGGGUGGUAUGUUGUCUGGUGGACAAAAGCAACGUAUUGCAAUUGCUCGUGCUAUUUUAAAGAAUCCUUCAAUUUUGUUAUUAGAUGAGGCCACUUCUGCUCUUGACACUCAAUCUGAACGUCUUGUCCAAAAUGCCCUUGACAAAGCUUCAGCUACGCGUACAACAAUUGUUAUUGCUCAUCGUUUGUCAACUAUUAUGAAGUCUGACCUUAUCGCUGUUCUCGAUCACGGAGUCAUCAUUGAAAAGGGAACCCACGAAGAACUUAUCAAUCUUAAAGGUGCCUAUUCUAAUUUGGUUGAAAAGCAAAUGAUUGGACUGAAAAAAGAAGAAGCAGAUAGCCUUGGAUCCACAAAUGUAGAUGAGGAGCUCUUAUUACAAGAAAAGCUGGAACUUGAGAAGAAGUUGGCCUCUCAAAAACUGAAUGUACUUGAACGAAUGGAGUCUAUUAACAUGGAAAGAAAAGACCAAAAACAGGAAAUUGACGCGUAUGAUUUAAAGAUCCAAAAACAACUGGAGUUGAAAAAGAAAAUGAAGCAAGAAAAAGCUCCUAUCAGAAGAAUAUUAAAGGAUCUGAAACCUGAAGGCGUUUACGUUAUCCUUGGUGUUAUAGGUGCUGCAAUUAGUGGUAGUAUCUGGCCAAUCGACUCAUUUUUAUUUGCCUACAUUAUUGCUAUUCUUUCCGGUCCAACAGAAGAUAUCCAACCUUCUUCACUAGGAGGUACCAAUUUAUAUGCAUUCCUGUUCGUUAUUCUUGGUUUAUCCUCUAUGACAGGCAACUUUUUGAAAAUCACCUUUUUCCAAAUAGCAGGUGAAAAGUCUACCUGUCGCUUACGUGUCCGAGUAUUUGAUGCUUAUUUAAGACAGGAGAUCGGUUUUUUUGACGAAGAAGAAAACAAUAGUGGUGCAUUGACAGCAAAACUAGCCGUCGAAGCUCGGAACGUCAAUGAUUUGAUUACAAAAGUCUGUGGUGAUAUAGCUGGUUUUUUCUCAACAAUUAUUUCCGGAUUUACAAUCUCUUUCAUGCACAGCUGGCAGCUAAGUUUAGUUGUUUUGACUAUGCUGCCAUUUACAGUAGCUGCAAUUGUAUAUGAAGUCCGUACGGAAAAUGGCUACGUUGAUGGAACUAAAAAAGCAAACAGACUAAGCGACCAAGUUGCCGGUGAGGCUAUACGUGAAGCAAGAACCGUGGCCUCUUUAAACAAGCAAUCCCAUUUCGAAGAACGAUACUAUCAUGCUAGAAAGCGUCCUCAUCAGCAAGCCCUUCGCAAAGCAUACCUUGCUUCCAUCUCCGCUGGAUUAAGUAAAUCGAUCAAUAUUUUUACAAGUGCCGUUGCGUACUAUGCUGGUAUCCGUUUUAUGUUGAAUGGAUGGAUCAACUUUAGACAAAUGUUAGUUUGCAUGUCAGUUAUUAUGACCGUUUCUGAAUCUAUCGGCGUCUUCUCUAUUUCUGCUUCAACAUUUUCAAAAGCCAAAUAUGCUGCGAUUGCUUCAUAUGAAAUUAUUGAUCGUACAAGUGACGUCGACCCUGAUUUAGAAGGUAUUGAGCCAGCAAUCGGAUCUGUUCGUGGUGAUGCCGAAUACAAAGACAUAAAGUUCGCUUACCCAUCUCGUCCCGACGUUUCCAUCUUUAACGGCGAUUUCGAUCUCAAAUGUUUUGCAGGAAAAACGGUUGCUUUGGUUGGUCCCUCUGGAUGUGGUAAAUCAACCACAGUAGGUAUGCUCCAACGAUGGUAUAACCCACUUGAAGGUACUGUGUCUCUUGAUGAAACUAGUGUCAAGUCUUACUCUCUUCACAAUCUUCGUAGCCACAUGGCAAUUGUUUCCCAAGAGCCAUCUCUUUUUAAUAUGACUAUUGGAGAAAAUAUCAGGUUUGGUGUCGCAAGCCAUGGUGAUGUUACACAAGAGGAGGUUGAGGCAGCUUGUAAAUCUUCUAAUAUUCAUGAAUUCGUUGUCAGUCUUCCUGAAGGAUAUAACACCCGAGUUGGCAACAAAGGUUCGCAACUUUCUGGUGGUCAAAAGCAACGUAUUGCUAUUGCACGUGCUCUUAUUCGUAAGCCCAAAGUUCUGUUGUUAGAUGAAGCUACUUCGGCUCUGGAUAGUGACUCAGAGCGUCUCGUCCAAGAGGCAUUAGACAAUAUUAUUCAAGAAGGUGGAAGAACCACUAUAACCAUUGCUCAUCGUCUUUCUACAAUUCAAAACGCAGAUGUUAUUUGCGUAUUGAAAGAUGGUCUCGUUAUUGAGCAGGGCACUCAUUGGGAGCUUUUAGCUUUAAAUGGUACCUAUUCUGCCUUAGUUUACGAACAAUCUUUGUCAAUAUUGUGAGACCAGAAAUAACAUAUUCUUUUUACUGAUAUUACACCUUAACAUUAAUUACAACUCCCAAACAUCCCUUGUACUUUACAUAAAUAAAAAAUAUCUAUUUUAAUAAUCUA